UCAUAGUGCAUUGCAGCAUGUGGCGGUGCCUUCGCUGCUUGACCUCUUAUAAUAAGAGGAGUCGGGAGAAGCAACUGCGCCCAACCCAAGAUAGCAUAGCCUUCAACGUAAACACUCCUCUCUUCAGCUGGCCUGUUCCUUCUCGGCGCCCAAAUCCGAUGCUUACUCAUCUGCCCAACGAGGUACAAAAGACUCAUGCCUGCUGUUAGACAAACGUUCAUCGCGGUUAUCUCUUUCCUUCCUCUGUCCUUCGUGUUUUUGACUGCCUUCUCGCCCAUUUUCAGGACCCAAUUCCCAUUCCUGACCUCACAGCAAGCCAGCAUGGGAGGAGAAAACCUGGAGGGCUACCGAACGGUGGCCUAUUAUGUCAACUGGGCUAUUUACGCCCGAAAACAUCGUCCCCAGGACUUGCCCGUAGAAAACCUGACCCACAUACUCUAUGCCUUCGCAAACGUCCGUCCAGAAUCGGGCGAGGUCCACCUCACCGAUAGCUGGGCCGACACGGACAUACACUGGGAGGGUGACAGCUGGAACGACGUCGGCACCAACCUGUACGGCUGCCUCAAGCAGCUGAACCUCCUGAAGAGGAGAAACCGCAACCUCAAGGUCCUCCUCUCCAUCGGCGGCUGGACCUACUCCAGCAACUUCAAGGGCCCGGCAUCGACCGCCGCCGGCCGCAGCACCUUCGCCAAGUCCGCAGUCGAGCUAGUCAAGAACCUCGGCUUCGACGGCCUCGACAUCGACUGGGAGUACCCGGCGUCGGCCUCCGAGGCCGCCGACUUCGUCUCCCUGCUGCAAGAGUGCCGCGCUGCGCUCGACGGCCACGCCGCGUCGACGCCGGGGACGCCGCACCUGGAGCUGACGGUCGCCUGCCCGGCGGGUGCGCAGAACUACGAGAAGCUCGACCUGCCGGCCAUGGACCGGCUGCUCGACUUCUGGAACCUGAUGGCCUACGACUACGCCGGCAGCUGGGAUGCCGCGGCGGGCCAUCAGGCCAACCUGUUCCCGUCGGGAUCGAACCCCGCCAGCACGCCGUUCAGCACCGCAGCGGCCCUCGACUACUACGCCAGCCGCGGCGUGCCGGCCCGCAAGAUCGUCCUGGGCAUGCCGCUGUAUGGCCGCGCCUUCGAGCGCACCGACGGGCCCGGGAAGCCAUACAGCGGGGUCGGCGAGGGGACGUGGGAGAGGGGCGUGUACGACUACAAGAAGCUGCCGCUCGAGGGGGCGGCGGAGCACGAGGACGGCGAGGUGGGCGCGAGUUACUGCUACGACGCUGGGAAGCGGACCAUGGUGACCUAUGACACGGUGGGCAUGGCCCGUCGGAAAGCAGAGUUCAUCAAGGAGAGGGGGCUGGGCGGUGCCAUGUGGUGGGAGAGCAGCGCCGACAAGCCGGCCGAGGCGAGUCUUAUUGGCAAUGUGGUGGAGGUGCUUGGAGGGCCCGCGGGGCUUCAGCAGGCGGAGAAUUGCAUCUCGUAUCCGGAGAGCAAGUACGACAACCUCAAGCAAGGUUUUCCCAAUAACUAGGCAGGGAGGGAAGGGAUAGGGCGGUUAAACAUGUCACAGUACUCGAGGAAUUCGGACAAGAUGUUUGUUCAUGACCAGUUGCCUGCAUUUCCUCGCCAGCCAGAGCCAGUAUGUCCAUUCUAUGGUACAUACAUCAACGCCGUGAAUGUCACCAGCUCAAUGCAUUUUAAAAAACCAUCCAUAUCCGACUCAUCCAACCAUCCCUCCA